AUGAAGACAAAGGCCACGUCCAUUUCGUGCGAGGUACAACGCACACAGACCGUGAACCAAGCACUAGUGUCUGUUGCCGCGAGAGCUUUCAUGGCCCUUGUCCAGCCACUCGGGUUGCUGGGCCCAAAGGAUAAGAUGACUACCAAGGCAGCGAAGGCUCUGGCGUGCCAUUUCCGAGGACAUUGCGGCAUCGCAAAGCUCACGCGUCUAGACAUGAAGGCACUCCGCAUAAUGGCGACUAAAAAAUCCCCUCUCUCACGAAUCUUCUAUCCCCGCCCGCCCUGCACCGCCGCGACCUGCUCCGCCCCGUGUCGCCGCGACCUGCUUCGCCCUGCGCCACCGCGACCUGCUUCGCCCCGUGCCGCCACGCUCCGCUGCGCCCCGGCCCGCCCCCCUCCGUCGCGCCCCUUCUUCCCCCUGUACUGCACCGGUGACAGUCGCGACGGGCGUGGUGGCAAUGGCCACGACGGCCGGGGUGACGGCGUCGUGCCACCCGUGGUGACCGCAUCCGCGACGCCCUUAACUCUGCUGACCGCGUCGCUCUUUGAAUGUGGAGACGGUGCCGCCCCCGCUGAUUGGACGAGCACCCGAUCUGCUCUGUUGUACGCAGCCGCUUCUGUCCAAAAGAAACUAACAAGUGUCGGGUGUUGUUUGCUUGAAGAAAAGUUCCCUGCUCGUGGCAUCAAAGCAACAGAGAAGAAAGGCAUUGCUAAAUCAAGUAGAUUUAAGUACAAAACCAAACCAUGUCUUUGGAUGCUCAACGUAGCUGGAUGUAUAGUGGGUGGAAGGAUAAUGGAAGGCAUUCUGAUGAGUGGAUACGCAAUACAAAUGCUUUUGUGAACCAUGUUUUUGAGGGUGUCCGUAGUGCCAAGUUUGGAUUUUCUU